AUGCCUUCUCUGUCCGCCUUUGCCCUCGUGGCCGCAGCAGCGCUGCCGCUGGUGAACGCGGCUCCUCAUAAGCGAGAGGUGCUUGCAGAUACCAUCGGGCCGGCACCCUACCGCAACCUUCCGCCGCUGGGUGAUGCCGAAAGCGUCGAUCUUGAUCUCUCCAGUUUCAAAGCCUUCAACAUCCCGGAGAACACCGACAAAUACAAGUGCCACGCAACUUGCGGUAUUCUCAUCCGUGUUUCCGCAGUCAAGAAGGACGCGUGCCACCACCCGUGGGCCCUGCCCCUUGCGUCCUACUGCUUCGGUCCUUGCCCGGACGCCGACAAAUCCAGCCAGUACUCGACAGCCACCAAAUUCCGCGACGAGUGCAACUUCGACUUGGGACGAGCCGCCAGGGAGGCCAAGUUCGAGCCGCCAGUCACUCCCAAAGACGACGAGAAGGACAUUAAGGGGCAGACUCUGACAGCAGAGACCCCACCCAGCCGUGCGGCGUUGGACGCCGCAGUAGCCAUGCCGAAAGUCACCAAGGACGAAAGGAACACCAAUGGCGCUCCCGUGACCCUUCCGGCCGACGGAGUCACGUCCCGUUUCUCCGGUUCGGACUCGUCCACCAACACCACAGGGGGUGCCAGCCCAAGCGCCCCGACAGCUGCCUUGAUCCCCGUCACCGCAGCCGCAGCGCCUAAAUCGAUGGCCUUUUCGACCGCCCUCGUUGUCGCAGCACUGGGCAUCGUCGCCAUGUACUAG